CCCCCGCCUCCGUCGACGCCUCCCCCAAAUCGAAGCGAGGCCUAAAACCCUAGGUAAGCCCCCGGCACCGCCCCGCCUCGCCGCCGCACCGGAUCUCGCCGUCGCCGUCGCCGUCGCCAUGGACAUGGCAGCGAUGAACGACCCGGAGAGGCUCUUCUUCUUCGACCUCGCCUGCAAGACCGCCAAAUCCACCUACGACGAGAACCCGCUCGACGCCGACAACCUGACGCGAUGGGGCGGCGCGCUGCUGGAGCUGUCGCAGAUGCAGAACGGCCCUGAGAGCCUCAAGUGCCUCGAAGAUGCUGAGUCUAAGCUGGAUGAAGCACUGAGAAUUGAUCCCAACAAGGCUGAUGCACUCUGGUGCUUGGGGAAUGCCCUGACCUCUCGUGGAUUCUUCACUUCGGAAACUGUCCAGGCUAAUGAAUGCUUUGAAAAAGCAACUGGUUGUUUCCAGAGGGCUGUUGAUGUGGAACCAGCAAAUGAGUUGUACAGGAAGUCAUUGGAUUUGUCAUCAAAGGCACCUGAACUGCAUAUGGAGAUCCAUAGGCAAAUCGCAUCUCAAGCCUCGCAAGGAGCACCCUCGUCCUCAAAUGCAAGGCAAUCAAGGAAAAAGAAGAAGAACAAUGACUUCUGGUAUGAUCUGGCUGGAUGGGGAAUUCUUCUCGUUGGCAUCGGUGUUUGGCUAGGAGUGGCCAACAGUCAAGCCAAGGAGGCACAACCACCUCACAUGUCACACCAGCCUAACAUGUGAUUCAAGACGAGACUUGGAAAAAGGGAAACCUGCAAAUGGCAUGCCUAUGUUAGGACUUAGCAAAAGUUAUGGAGAGGAAAUGGUGUUUCCAUGUUGCGGUUUUUUGUGGAAUUUUUCGACAUGCGGCGGGCCUUGAUGAGGUUUGUCUUGUCAUACGACGCUGGAUAUGCUUCUUACUUUAUGCGCUUCUCUUGUUAGCGGGAACCAUUGCUGUGGUUAUGGCCUUUUCACAUGCCCUAGAUAAUACAGUAUUGAGUACUGAUGUGCUUAUAAGCGGCAUAUACCUGCUUUCUGUGAUCAUUCUUUUUGUUUGCCAAUAAUUUGUAAUUGACUUUUGACGUGCUCA